AUGGUUUCUGCGUCCGGCCCCACAGGGAUCCUAGCGGGACGCCCUUCUGGUUCUCAGUGCCAUCAAAGUUUGUCGUCCCACAAUGGAAGUACGUCCAAAGUUCACAGCGAAAAGCAUGUAAAAACCCACGUAGAAAGCGCGAAGGAACGACACGAGUCAGACCUUUAUAUCAGGCCAAGUUGGACCGAUGCUGCGAUUGCGUUGGAUCAACUCGAAAAGGGCAAGGCGGAAGGUCAAAGGUCUGUGGUGUGGAUCAGGGCAAGGCUGCAGGAUCAGCUGAGUCAGCUGGGCUACUUCCUGCAGAGGCACGCAGGCAAGGUCCUCUUCCUCGCGAUCGUCGCUUUGGCUACGUUCUGCGUCGCCCUCAAGUCCGCUCAGGUUCACAGCAAGGUCGAGCAACUCUGGGUUCAAGAAGGCGGAAGGUUACAAAAAGAGCUGACCUACGCCUCGACGGAACUGGGUGAAGCAGCCGCCUCGACGCAUCAGCUCGUCAUCCAAACGCCGAGGCAUUCCGGGGCGAAUAUUUUGCACCCUGCCGCACUCAAGGAACAUUUAGCGAUCCUGAAGGCGGCGACGCAGGUUACCGUACACCUGUUCGAAAUCACGUGGAGGCUGAAAGACAUGUGUUACGCGCUGAACAUACCCAACUUCGACAUGCACUACAUCGACCAGAUCUUCGAUAGUAUCAUACCGUGCGCCAUCAUUACGCCCCUCGACUGUUUCUGGGAAGGCAGCAAGCUCCUGGGACCGGAGUAUCCCGUCCACAUACCUGGGGCGCAAACGAACAAGCCGGUCCAGUGGACGAAUCUCAAUCCGUCGUGGAUGCUGGACGAGAUGAAGAAGCUGCCGUUCGCGUUUCCGUUCAAAACGCUGGAGGAUUACAUGAAGAGGGCCGGGAUAACGAACGCCUACCAGAGCAAGCCGUGUCUCGACCCGACGGACCCGGAAUGCCCGGAAACCGCGCCCAACAAAAAGUCCCAGCAGGUACCAGACAUAGGAGCCGAAUUAACGGGCGGCUGUUAUGGUUUCGCCGCGAAAUAUAUGCAUUGGCCCGAGGAGCUGCUCGUUGGCGGUGCUAAGCACAAUAAGACCGGUCACUUGACCCGCGCAGCUGCACUCCAGACUGUUGUGCAGCUAAUGGGAGAGCGAGAGCUUUACGAUUUCUUCGCCGGCACCUACAAGGUACACCAUAUCGACUGGUCCCAGGAGAAGGCGUCUCAGGUGCUCGAGAUCUGGCAGCGGGCGUUCAGCAAUCAGGUGAAAAAGCAUCUGGAGGCGAACGGCUCCGCGCCGUACAAUUUGUACGCGUUCAGCACGACAACAAUGAACGACAUACUUGGAAAGUACAGCGAGGUGUCCAUCAUGAAGAUCGCCAUUGGGUGCGCACUGAUGCUACUGUACGCCGGCGUGGUGCUUCUUCGAUGGAAGGAUCCAGUGCGUUCCCAAGCUGGUGUGGGUAUAGCGGGCGUGAUGUUGAUCUGCGCGACGGUGGCAGCUGGUUUGGGGUUCUGCGCCCUACUGGGUAUCCCCUUCAACGCGGCUACCACUCAGAUAGUCCCGUUCCUGGCACUCGGGCUCGGUGUGCACGACAUGUUCCUGCUGACGCACACGUACGCCGAGCUGUCGGUGAACGAGGUGCCCAGCGGUGAACAGACGGGGGUGGUUCUCAAGAGGACCGGCCUCUCCGUUCUCCUGGCAGGUAUCUGCAACGUCUCGGCGUUCUUCGCGGCGGCGCUGAUCCCGAUCCCGGCGCUGCGCGUGUUCUGCCUGCAAGCUGGCGUCCUGUUGCUGUUCAAUCUGGCCGCGAUGCUGCUGGUGUUCCCGGCCAUGGUCAGCCUGGACCUGAGGAGACGUCGUUCGGGACGCUCGGACAUAUUCUGCUGCUGUUUGCCGUCGAACGCCAGCAGGAACAAGUACGCGAACAGGACGAGCAACGGCACCGCGAAGCAGACGGUGACCAGGGCGAUACCGCCGGAGCGUCGCGAGACCUGCACGCAGAUACUGACGUCGCAGAACGCGCAGAACGAGUCCUGGGUGGGCGGGAACAUCGACGUGGACACGGAGAAGCAGUGCAACGAGGUGGACACCCUGACGGGAUGCAGCCAGGACGACUGCCUGAGCUUCUCGUUGACUCAGCUGGCCGCGAGGCACUACGCGCCGUUCGUCACCAGGCCAGCGACCAAGGUCUUCGGUAUGAUGAUACUGAUCGCGGUUUUAGCCGGAAGCGUCUGGCAAGCCAUCAAGGUCAACGACGGCCUGGAGUUGACCGACCUGGUGCCGCAGAACUCCAACGAGCACGCGUUCCUCGCUGCGCAGUCGAAGCAUUUCGGGUUCUACAACAUGUACGCGGUGACCGGUGGCGAUUUCGAGUACCCGAACAAUCAGAAGCUGCUGUACGAGUACCACGAGGCGUACAUGAGGAUAAAGAACGUGAUCAAGAACGACAACGGCGGUCUGCCGGAGUUUUGGCUGAGUUUGUUCAGGGACUGGCUGAGGGGGCUGCAGAUCGCAUUCGAUAAGGACUACGGGAACGGCUGCAUCACGCAGGAAAGGUGGUACAAGAACGCCAGCGACGAGGCGAUCCUGGCUUACAAGCUGCUGGUGCAGACCGGCCACGUUGAUAAUCCCAUCGAUAAGUCGCUGGUUACUCAGGUCAGGCUGGUGGACUCCGAGGGUAUCAUCAAUCCUCGAGCGUUUUACAAUUAUUUGAGCGCAUGGGUGUCCAACGACGUGCUGGCCUACGGUGCCUCGCAGGCGAACCUGAGGCCGGAGCCGCGACAGUGGAUCUACACCAACGAUCACGAGCUCAAGAUACCGAAGAGCAAUCCGCUGACCUACGCCCAGAUGCCGUUCUACUUGCACAAGCUAGCCAACACGCAGGAGAUCACCGAGCUGAUCGAUAGCGUGAGGAAGCUGUGCAGGAGGUUCGAGGAACGGGGACUGCCGAACUUCCCAUCCGGCAUACCGUUCCUGUUUUGGGAACAGUACAUGGACCUGAGGAGCUGCCUGGGCAUCGCUUUGUUGGCUGCACUGGCGGCCAGCGUCGCCGUAGUCGGUAUACUGUUGCUGAACCUCUGGGCGGCUCUGUUGGUCGGCUCUUCCCUCGCCGCUGUCGUGCUACAACUUCUUGGAAUUAUGGGCCUCUCCGACAUCAAACUGAGCGCCGUUCCAGCCGUUCUCUUGGUUGUCAGCGUCGGGAUCGCCGUGCACUUUACGGUGCAUAUUUGUCUGAGCUUCAUCACCAGUAUCGGGAGCAGGGAUCGAAGGAUUCGUUUAGCUCUGGAGCACAUGUACGCGCCAGUAAUACACGGGGCGGUGACAACAUUGCUGGCCAUUGUCAUGUUAGCCUUCUCCGAGUUCGACUUCAUCGUUCGAUACUUUUUCCUAGUGUUGAUCUGUCUGAUCGGCAUUGGGCUGGUGAACGGGCUGUUCUUCUUUCCCAUUUUGCUGUCUUUGAUUGGCCCGUCGCCGGAAGUGAUACCCAACGAUCAUCCGGAUCGUAUUUCAACGCCGACGCCGCCCGCCUCGCCGAUCGUCAGAAGAUCGAAGCCGCCAACGCCACCCAGAAGAUCCUACAAAAUUGAUAACGCCAGGCUGCACGCCGAGCCUUCUCUGACGACGAUUACCGAGGAACCCAAUUCCUGGCACAGCACGCAAGAGUCUUGUAUCAUCGUUCAACCGGAGUUGAAGGUUGAGACAACGUCCACGUGCGGUAAUCAGAACUGUAGCGGAUCAGAUACAAGUGGGUCUAGUCGAAUGUCACCAGUGACGUCAACAUCUCAUAUCACAACUAAGGUCACUGCGACGGCUAAUAUAAAGGUCGAAGUCCAUACACCGUUGACCAUAGGUACAGUGGAUCGCAGCGAGAAAUGCAGGCACACGACUUCCAGUAGCCGAAGGAGCUCGCGCUGCAGUGCGAACGUUAAUGCUGGGGAGUCUUCCGGUUCCGGUUCUGAGCCGGAUUCAGACUCUAACCCACACAAACACUAA